CCCAACUAUCCGAAGAGACAUGAUCUGCUCACCGUAAAAAUUCGCUUUGGCAUGUCUCCCAUUGGCUGUGCUAUCUCCCUGCGUCAACGCCUCAUUUCGCGUAUUUGUUUGUUGCCUACGACUUCCGAUAUCAUGCCAUACAAGACCAGUAUGAUUGAGCGCGUCAAAUCAUAGACUAUUCGCUCAGUUCAAGCAUGGCAGUGAAGUCGACUAUGCUCAGUCUUACAACGUUGCUACUUUUAUCUAUCACUACCUUCAUGCUCCUGUUCGGUCGACCUGAUACAUCUUUCUUCUUCGGAGGGCUUUCUCGAAAAUGUUGGAAGACCACAGUUGCCGAGAAACUCGAAAGAGUGAACGCUGAGAUUCCACGAGACUGGCUGUUACCCUCCAAAGUCCUGGAAGAAGGCAGAGGCCGUCGUGAGAUCACCGGAAGCUUCAUCGAAAGCUUGCUUGACCAGGAGACAUUGGCAAUCACAAGCCUGGACAACUCGGAAAUUCUGGAGCAGACCACCAAUGGCUCUUUGACUGCAGUGCGAGUGACUCGCGCGUUCUGCAAGCGAGCAGCUUUUGCCCAUCAAUUGAACCACAAUCUUCUUGAGAUAGGAUUUGACCUUGCGUUAGAGAGAGCCCAGGAGUUGGAUGAUUAUUUUGCCAAGCACAAGAAACCUCUUGGACCUUUGCACGGGCUACCUUACACCAUGAAAGAUCAAUUUCACAUGAAAGGUAUGGAGACCACGAUGGCCUAUGUGGGUUGGGUAGGUACAUUUGAAGGAAAGAAGGGUACGGGAAAGGAAGGUAGGGUCGAAAGCGAGUUAGUCAUGGAAUUGAACAGUCUGGGUGCGAUUCCUAUUGGAAAGACUACUCUGAUCACCAGCUUAUGGGGCGGCGAAACUAAUAACAACUUUCUUGGUUAUCUCUGGAACCCGCACAAUCAGCAACUAUCAGCUGGCGGAUCUUCAGGUGGGGAAGGAGCCAUCCAAGCUUUGAGAGGAAGUGCUUUCGGCUUUGGAACAGACAUUGGUGGAUCCGUAUCUAUGCCGGCCGCUUUCAAUGGUGUGUGCAGCAUGAAGCCCUCGUGGGGCCGACUGUCGUUCAAGGAUACCGCAAACAGUGCUCCCGGUCAAGCCGUACUGCCUACUGUUGUUGGCGUGAUGGGUCCUGACUUCUUCACGAUUCGCAAGAUCUUCGAGGCCACACUCAGUACGCAACCAUGGCUACGCGAUCCAGACGUGUUACCGAUUCCUUGGAGAAAAGAGCUAGAAGAGCUGCCUACGAAGCUUACGUUUGGCUUACUGUUGACUGAUGGUAUAGUGUCCCCCCAUCCACCUAUCACUCGAGCGCUGCGGGAGGUGGCAGAGAUAGUGAAAUCACUAGGACAUGAGGUCGUCAUGUGGGAGCCUCCUUCUCACAACGCUUCUGUAGUGAUACAUCCUCAAAUUGCACGCGGCGAUGGCUCACCUGAUGUACUUGCCAACAUUCAGCUCUCUGGAGAACCAAUCAUUCCGCAGAUCAAAAAUUUGUUUCCAGGGGGCAAGCUCAGGGCUCCAAUUCCUCUUCCUCAGUUUGAAAAUGCGACGCUUUACAUGAAAGACUUCCGCAAACAAUACCAAGCUUAUUGGCAGUCUACUGCUGAAUUCACGAGGACGGGACUCCCCGUUGAUGUUGUGAUUGCUCCGGUUUCUCCUCAUGCAGCACCCAUUCCAGACAAGUCAUACUAUUACACAUACAGUAGCAUUGUUAAUGUGUUGGAUCUCCCCGCCGCCGUCAUCCCGGUCACUUUGGUUGAUAGUAAGCUUGAUAUCUUUGAUAAAAAUUACAAGCCUUUCACCGAGAAGGACAGGCUCACGUGGCAAGCAUAUGAUGCCGACAAGUUCGACGGGACUCCCGCGUCAGUCCAGAUCCUUGGACAACGAUGGGAGGAGGAGAAGGUGGUUGCUAUCGCUCGAAUGAUCACUGAGGCGCUAAAGAAAUCCAAAAUGUGAGAGGAGAGGAUGAAUGAGCCCAAGUCAGAUGAAGCAGAAGUCAGAUUGCACAUUGGAGCAAGUGUAGUAUAGAAUUAGGCAGUAAAACAAGCAAGUCAAGUCGUUACCUCUA